AAGUAUGUAUUUGAUUUGAUCAGAGGAUGUAGUUUGUAACGUGGAUGAAUAAUGAUUAAUUUAAUAAAUUGGACUGGAUUGCUUUCCUUAUCAUAAAGUCCUCUAACCUCUGAAACAACCGUGAUAAGUAAACAGUUAUCUAAUCAUUUGAAACUGUUUUUUUCAACUAAAGUCAAAGUCACCUCACUUUAAAAUGAGUUUUAUUCGUGGGGCGUUGCUUUCAAAACAAACUAUUAUGACGAUGGAGUAUCGACAUCUUCAUUUACUAAAGAAACAAGGUUAUAUAAAUGGAGAGUGGGUAAACGCUAAGAACAAUGGUUGUUUUCCGGUGCUAGACCCGGCGACCGACAAAGUUAUAACCGAAGUACCUGAUAUGGAUGCAAGUGACGCUAAAGCGGCGGUUGAUGCUGCUGCUUGCGCUUUCAAAACAUGGAGAGACACCACAGCAAAGGAACGAUCAUCUAUACUUAGAAAAUGGUUUGAAAAUUGUCAAAAAAAUGCUGAACAUUUAGCUGAAAUUAUUACAGCAGAAGCUGGUAAACCUCUGGUUGAAUCAAAAGGAGAAAUUGUUUACGGAAAUUCGUUUUUGGAAUGGUUUGCUGAUACAGCUCGUCAUAUAAAUGGAGAAGUUAUCCCAAGUCCUUGGCCCAACAAACAUAUUAUGGUAACACGUCACCCUCUUGGUGUUGUUUCAAUAAUUACACCGUGGAAUUUUCCUUUUGCCAUGAUAACUCGUAAAGUUGGAGCACUUUUAGCAGCGGGUUGUACGUGUGUCAUAAAGCCAGCUGAAGAUACUCCCUUAACGGCUUUAGCUGCAGUUGAGUUGGCUUUGCAGGCUGGUGUACCAAAAGGUGUUAUUAAUGUUAUAACUUCUAGUAGGAAAAAUGCUCCUGGUGUUGGUAAAGUUUUGUGCGAAGACCCUCAAGUUGGAUGCAUCUCCUUUACUGGUUCAACAAAUGUUGGCAAAAUAUUGUAUGGAAUGGCAGCUAAAGGUAUCAAGAGAGUUUCAUUAGAACUAGGUGGAAAUGCCCCAUUUAUUGUUUUUCCGAGUGCUGAUAUAAAUCAUGCAGCUGAUCAAGCUAUGUUGGCUAAGUUUAGAAAUAAUGGGCAAGCAUGUGUUGGAGCUAAUAGGUUCUUGAUACACCAAGAUGUAUUUGAUCAGUUUGUGCAGUGCUUCCAAUCAAAAAUUCAGGAGCGCUGCAUAUUAGGGCCUGGUAAUAAAGAAGGUGUUACUUGUGGGCCCCUAAUUAAUGAAGCUCAAGUCAAGAGUGUAUCUAACUUAGUUAAUGAUGCUGUUUCUAAGGGUGCAAAGGUUCUAAUUGGUGGAAAAAUUGCAAAAAGCAUUGGUGAAAAGUUUUAUGAGUCUACAAUGCUAAUAAAUGUUAAAAAGGAAAUGAAAAUAUAUGAAGAGGAGAUAUUUGGACCAGUUGCUGUUUGUCUUAAGUUUAAGACUGAGAGUGAGGCCUUGGAAAUUGCUAACAGCACGAGAAGUGGAUUGGCAUCAUAUGUUUUUACAAAAGAUCUUGGUCAGGCAUUCAGAAUGUCCCGUCAACUUGAGUUUGGCAUGGUUGCCAUAAAUGAUGGUGUUUUAUCAAGUGCUGAACCACCAUUUGGAGGAGUUAAGGAAUCUGGUAUAGGAAGGGAAGGAAGCAAACACGGAGCUGAGGAGUAUACUGAUAUAAAAUAUACACUCUUUUCAGCUUUGGACAAAUAAUUAUAUGAUUAUUAAGUAAUAUAUAAAGGAUAACUUAUUUUUAUUAAGGCAAAUGUUUGCCAUUGUACCAUUCCAGUCUUCCAAAAAAAUGUGGUUAUAAUUUAAAAUUAUAUUAGGGUCCUACAUGAAGCAAGUUAUGCAUUAUAAUUGUCUUGUAUUGAGUACAUGGAUAUAAGCAUUUAUUAAUCAUUUAAUUAUAUUAGCACAUUGUAAUCUCUUAUAUAUAUAAAAUAAAUAAUUUAACUUGA